AUGAGAGUCUAUCUUAUCAGACAUGGGGAAACAGUCCACAAUGUCGCACAAGCUUGGGCGGGGACGACCGACUCGGCCUUGACAAACCAUGGGAUGAUGCAAAUAGAAUCUCUCGCUAAAUUUUUUGUGACAAAAUCCAUACAUUUUGACUCGGUGUACGCGUCGGAUCUAAGUCGAGCACGCAUCACAGCGGAGGGGAUAUGUCGCCGCCAACCUCCCAAGAAAGAUGGCGGGCUUGUGACCCCCAUUUUGACUUCAGAUCUACGAGAACGGGAUUUUGGUUCAUGGGAGGGUGUGCGCUGGCAGUCAUCGUCUGCGCCAUCUAACGAUACGAAUGCCUCGCCUGGUCGUCCGAGCAGGAGCACGUCCGUCGUCAUCGAAAAAGAAACCACAGUCUCGAUGCGACAACGGGCUUUCUCUUUCCUUGAUAGCCAUUUUCUGCCACUUCUAUUCGAUGAUUCGACUUCCAAACGUAAAGUUGCCAUCGUCGCUCAUGGCAUUAUUCUUCGAGUACUGUGGAAUUGUCUCGUGGAACUCUUCGACCCUAUGAGCAUAUUUUUGAUGCCGGGUAUCACCGCGUGGGACGGUGGACCUGCUGCUCUUUUAUCUCCGAGUUGGUCCAACACAGGGUAUAUGGAAUUAUCGAUACGGAUGAAGCCGUCACCAUCGGUAUCACCGCCACAGCGACAACUCACUUCUCAAGAAUUGCGGGUAGCACCGAGCUCGACCACAGACACCGAAGUACCACCAUCCAGCAGUCCUGCUGGAGAUAUCCUUUUGCAGGGAUGGUCCAUGAAGAUCCUGGCUGUUGAUAAUAAGGAGCAUCUUGCGGGCCUACGCCGCACCCGUGGAGGCAUUGGGAGCUCUUCACAUGAUAGUCGACAGAAGAGGAUUGACCAGUUUUUCAAGUAG